UGUCACACGUGCUCCCUGUCACACGUGCUCCCUGUCACACGUGCUCCCUGUCACACGUGCUCCCUGUCACACGUGCUCCCUGUCACACGUGCUCCCUGUCACACGUGCUCCCUGUCACACGUGCUCCCUGUCACACGUGCUCCCUGUCACACGUGCUCCCUGUCACACGUGCUCCCUGUCACACGUGCUCCCUGUCACACGUGCUCCCUGUCACACGUGCUCCCUGUCACACGUGCUCCCUGUCACACGUGCUCCCUGUCACACGUGCUCCCUGUCACACGUGCUCCCUGUCACACGUGCUCCCUGUCACACGUGCUCCCUGUCACACGUGCUCCCUGUCACACGUGCUCCCUGUCACACGUGCUCCCUGUCACACGUGCUCCCUGUCACACGUGCUCCCUGUCACACGUGCUCCCUGUCACACGUGCUCCCUGUCACACGUGCUCCCUGUCACACGUGCUCCCUGUCACACGUGCUCCCUGUCACACGUGCUCCCUGUCACACGUGCUCCCUGUCACACGUGCUCCCUGUCACACGUGCUCCCUGUCACACGUGCUCCCUGUCACACGUGCUCCCUGUCACACGUGCUCCCUGUCACACGUGCUCCCUGUCACACGUGCUCCCUGUCACACGUGCUCCCUGUCACACGUGCUCCCUGUCACACGUGCUCCCUGUCACACGGACGACUUUAACCAGCGGAGAGUUUGCCCACUGAUGCCAGGACUCCUGGAAUGCCAACACUCGGACGAACGCGGCCUUGUCUCUACUGGAACAGCCUGGCUAGGGACGAGCGGCAAGUCCGGGAACAGUAUUGCCGAAACGCUGUCAGGGGCCCGUAGCCUUUGCGCUCUCCGGUGUCUCUAA